AUGGAGGACGUGGAGCUGCUCGGGGACAAGGCCGAUGACGACGACGAUUCCGGCGGCGGCUACUUCAGCGGCUUCUUCUCGAAGAAAGCCCCAAAGGCGAACGACGACCUCGACACGGUCCACGUCUUCUCGCUGGCCACGGGCGCCCUCUACGAGCGCAUGCUCAAGAUCAUGAUGCUGAGCGUGCGCAAGCGCACGUCGGGCCCCGUCAAGUUCUGGCUCUUCGAGAACUACCUGACGCCGGAGUUCAAGCGCGACGCCGAGCGGCUCGCGGCGGCCAAGGGCUUCGACGUCGCCUACGUGACCUACAAGUGGCCCGAGUGGCUGCGGCGCCAGACCGUGAAGCAGCGCAUCAUCUGGGGCUACAAGAUCCUGUUUCUGGAUGUGCUGUUCCCCCUGGACGUGAGGAAGGUCAUCUACGUCGACGCGGACCAGGUCGUCCGCGGCGAUCUGCGGGAGCUCUGGGACACGGACAUGGGCGGCAAGCCCUACGGCUACGUGCCCUUCUGCGACUCGCGGCCGGAGACGCUGGGCUACCAGUUCUGGCGGAGCGGCUACUGGAAGGACCACCUCCGGGGGAAGCCGUACCACAUCUCCGCGCUUUAUGUGGUAGACCUCGACGUCUUCCGGAAGCACGCCAUCGGCGACGAGCUCCGGGGCGUCUACGACCAGCUGAGCCGCGACCCGAACUCGCUGUCGAAUUUGGACCAGGACCUGCCCAACUACGCGCAGAACUCCAUCCCGAUCCACUCGCUGCCCCAGGACUGGCUCUGGUGCGAGUCGUGGUGCUCCGACAAAUCCAAGGAGACGGCGAAGACCAUCGACCUCUGCAACAACCCGGAGCACAAGGAGAACAAGCUCACCAUGGCCAAGCGCAUCAUCGACGGCCGGCCCCUCUUCCCCGAGUCCUGGGUCCAGCUCGACGACGAGGUCAAGAACGCGACCGCGGCCUAG